GACUGUUUCGGUGAUCGUUUGGGACAGUAAUCACCGAAUCCCCUCCACCCUGGCUGCACGUUUGUCUUGUUCUCAAGUUAAGGCUGUCGUAUGUGAUUCGACAAGUGCUGCAGCUCUAGUGAAUUCAACAGAACUCUCCAGUGGAAGCGCAGUGACAGGGAGUACCCAGCUGAGACUGAAUGGGAGCAGCCCCUGCACUGGGAGAGUGGAGGUUCUCUAUAACGGGCACUGGGGAAGAGUGUGCAGCCACUCCUGGGAUCUGCCUGAUGCUGAGGUAGUCUGUAAACAGCUGGGGUGUGGGGCUGUUGUUUCUGCACCCCAUUAUAGACGCCCAGUCGGCCUCCCUGAAGACAGAGUGCUGAAUAGCGUGGGCUGCCUGGGGAACGAGACACAGCUGAGGGAGUGCAAGUCCGGUCCGUGGGGGAGAAAGGACUGUCAGCAUGAGUGGGAUGCUGCUGUGAUUUGUGCAGAAUCUCAGAAAGGAAAAGAAGCACUGGAAAGCGGUGGAACAAAGAAAAUACGGUUGGGGAUUCCAUACAACUGUGCUAGUCGAGUGGAUCUCUAUUACAGAGGCCAGUGGGGAGCAGUUUGCUGGAAUGACUUUGGGAUAAACGAAGCUCAUGUGGCCUGCAGACAAGCUGGGUGUGGAGAAGCAGAAACAUAUUCUAGAUUUUAUGUCCAUAUUGAUGAUGCUCCCAUUUGGCUGGACAGAGUUCACUGCACUGGGAACGAGACAAAUCUCUGGGACUGUCCUUCAGACACUUGGGGCCACCAUGAGUGUGAUCUCAGAAUGCAAGCGGCUGUUGUAUGCAAAGGUGCUGCUAAUUUGUCAUUGGCUGAUGGAGGAAGCCCAUGUGCUGGACGCCUGGAAUUUGCUACUAGUAUAGUAAAGUCUUCAUUUUAUGAUGAUGCUAUUGAUGCCAGUGUGGCUCAAGUUCUGUGUUCGCAACUGGACUGUGGAUCAGCUGUAUCAGUGAAAACAGGAGCCUACUUUGGAGAAACACCUGGUUCUUUCUGGACUUUUCCUGUGUAUUGCAAUGGGAAUGAGUCUUCCUUCUGGCAGUGCAAGUCAGACAUUCUUUUUUCUGUAGAUGUUGUGGACUAUCCCCAGAAAAGUAAAUUUCUUGGAGUUGUGUGUUCUGGUCACAGAGCUCCAAGACUGGUGGAUGGGGAGGAUUCCUGCUCUGGUCGGGUGGAGGUGCAGUUUGGAGAAACCUGGGGGACCCUCUGUGAUACACACUGGGAUAUGCAUGACGCCAGUGUGGUCUGUAAACAGUUGCAGUGUGGAGUUGCAGUAGCUACCCCUGGAGGGGCUCACUUUGGUGAAGGAAGGGGUCCAAUGUGGGAGGAACAGUUUGACUGUUGGGGCAAUGAGUCCAUUCUGUUUGACUGCCCUGUGUCAAGGAAAGAUCACAGCUGCACUCACGGGAGCCACGCUGCUGUCAUCUGCUCUGGAAAGGAUGGGCCCCAGUUAGUGGGUGGGGGCAGCAGGUGUUCAGGCCGAGUAGAGAUAUUACAUGGAGGCCUCUUGGGUGCUGUAUGUGAUGAGUACCUGGAUCCGCAAGAUGCUGAUGUGAUCUGCAGACACCUUCACUGUGGUGCAGCCACUUCCACACCUAAAGGAGUUCACUUUGGAGAAGGGACUGGCCGAGCCUGGAAAGACAGCUUUCACUGCAGGGGGAAUGAAUCACGUCUGGGGGACUGCAUGGUGUCCUGGGACCAACAGGUGUGUGACCAUGGGAGUGACGCCAGCAUCAUCUGCGCAGAGGAAGACUGGCUGUUAAGGCUCCGUGGUGGAGAAAGCCGCUGUGAUGGGAGCGUGGAGGUGUUCUUGAACAGCACGUGGGGAAGAGUUUCAGACACUGAAUGGGAUUUACAGGAUGCCAGUGUUGUCUGCAGACAUUUAAACUGUGGCCUUGCAAUAAAAGCAUACAACCCCUCUAAAUAUGCUCCUGGGAAUGGCCCUGUCCUUCUAUCACAGAUUGAAUGUAAAGGAAAUGAAUCUUCACUGCAAGGCUGCCAUUUUUCUCAAUCUAACGAAUCAGCAAAAUCCAGUGGUAGCGUAGGGGUUCUUUGUACAGAGCACCUCCAGGUGAGAUUGGCAGGCAGUGGCAGCCAGUGUGCAGGAAGAGUGGAAGUGUACCACAGGGGCUCCUGGGGGACAGUCUGUGAUGGUUCCUGGAACUUACCCGAUGCUGACGUUGCAUGCAGGCAGCUUGGGUGUGGACCUGCAGUACAAGCUCCUGGCUCUGCUGCUUUUGGGGAAGGCUCUGGGCCAAUCUGGCUGAACGAUGUCAAGUGCCUGGGAAACGAAUCAGCUCUGUGGGAGUGUCCUUCAGCAAAAUGGGGAGAACAGAAUUGCAGACACAAGAAAGAUGCUGGGGUUGUGUGUUCAGAGUUUAAGGAUCUUCGCCUGGUCAGUGCUGAGUUUGACUGUGCUGGGAGACUGGAGAUAUUCUACAAUGGAACCUGGGGAAGUGUCUGCUCCAAUAAAAUGAGAUCCACCACUGUAAACAUCAUCUGUCAGCAACUGGGAUGUGGAGGCAAAGGCACACUGCAGUACACUAACCAGUUUGGAGCAGGCUCUGGUCCUAAAUGGCUUGAUGAAGUGGACUGCCAUGGCUUUGAGUCUGUCCUGUGGCAGUGCCCCUCAUUGCCAUGGGGACAGAAUACAUGCCAGGACUCUGAAGUUGCUGGAAUUGAGUGUUUAGGACACACUAGGAAGCCUGCUGUUACAACUGUUUCCAAAGAAAGAGUCUGUGCAGAAGGGCAGGUGAGGCUGGUAGGAGCAGACAGCCCGUGCUCUGGCAGAGUUGAGCUGUGUCACAGUGGGUCCUGGGGUACAGUGUGUGAUGAUUCCUGGGAUCUCAAUGAUGCCCACGUGGUCUGCACACAGCUGCUCUGUGGCUCUGCAGUAACUGCUACCCAGGAAGCUCGUUUCGGAGAAGGCAAUGGGAUGAUCUGGCUGGACGAUGUGAACUGCAGGGGCACAGAGAUGUUUCUGUUGGGCUGUCGCUCCUCUACGCCCGGACUUCAUAACUGUGAACACAAUGAAGAUGCUGGUGUAAUCUGCUCUGGAGCAGUGCAGUCUUCCGAAGCCCAGCCAGCUGGGUGGCUCCAGGCUUUCAUUGUCACCUGCCUGAUUCUGGGGAUUCCUCUGUGUGCAGUGACAGCUGCUCUCCUCAUCACAACAUGCAGAUACAGGAAACACAAAGGCCCUGGAUCCAGUGAAGGCUAUGACCCUGUUUAUGAAGAAAUUGACCAGAGAUUACACAUGAAAAGAUUAGAUCACUCAGUUGAACUUCCCGAAUCCAGGUGUGAGGAUGUUGGCAGUGACACAGAGGAAGUUGAGGAUGUUCAGCAAGAGAAAGAUGCAGAAUAUGAUGAUACUGAAGAGAAUGACUACGUCAAUGAAACGGAGGACAGUGCUGAACUUCCCAAAUCCAGGUGUGAGGAUGUUGGCAGUGACACAGAGAAAGUUGAGGAUGUUCCGCAAGAGAAAGAUGCUGAAUAUGAUGAUAUUGAAGAGAAUGACUAUGUCAAUGAAACGGAGGACAGUGCUGAGCUUCCUGAUGCUGGCUAUGACGAUGUCGGCCAUGACACACACACAGGUCAGGAUGGCCAGUUAGGCCCUGAUGCUGAGUAUGACGAUAUUGAAGAGAAUGACUACAUAAAUCUAGAAGAGAACAGCGCUGGCUCUUUAUAUGACGAUACUGGAAUCUUGAGCAGGAGACUCAGAGGGGAUUGAAGGAAGCAACAGGCAGAAGUACUCCAUGGCCUUUCUAAUAGAGUUUGCUUGAGCUGUAACGCAUGCGAGCUAGUCAGCCCUUCACACACUGCGCUCGGACUUCCCUUCUGACUCAUAGCUUUUACAAUAUUGAUCAUUUUUACUGUGGAGACAGUUGAAGAAUGUGCACAUUGUGACCCGGUCUUCUCAUUGUGUUCUGAAUGUUUAGGAUGGAAUGUAUUAUCUUUGAAGGCUAUAUACAGGUUUUCUACACCAAAAUCAAAUUAACUUUACCAGUCAUAAUUGUAUUUGGACCACAAGCCUUUGUAUUGCCUUCAUAACUAAAGUUAUGAAAUAUUGUUUACUUCACCAAACUGAAAUGUAAUUGUAGAUGAGUUAUUUCCUUUAUUGAAGUCACUUCGCUGGCAGACAAGCAGUACUGGGAUUUAUUGCAAUCUAAGUGAGGCUGGUAUGAGUCGAUCAUUGGGGGGUGAGCUGUUGCAUUUUGAACCCUGGAAAGGUCAUUAUAUAGAAAGGAAGAGUGUAAAAAACUAUUACUAUCUAAUCAUCACCUUAUUGGUAACUCCAUUUGUUUAUAAAUCAAAGGACCCACACCAAUUCACCAGUUCAAUCUAGUCCUGCAUUGCUGUGCUUUAGCUGCGCUGUUCAUGAAGUGUUGUUAUUAGUUUGUAUUAUAUUGCUUUGAAGAGUUUAUACCUUAAUUCCCAGUCAUGUUGUUGAUCCUGAAUCACUUGGAUUCUUUAAGACCAGUCUGACAAAGUCUUAAAGGAUCCAGGUGUUUAAGGUUUGUUGUACUAUAACCCUUAAACACCUGGAAGAGAAUAUUAAAUGAAUGGAGAUGUAAUUGUGUGCGUUUUUUUUAAAUAUUGAAACCUAUAGUACCAACCCUAAACAAAGUUCAAACUGUAUUAGUUUAAUGUCGAAACAUAUGCUUAAUGAAUGUCACUUUGAGACAUGUAACUUUUAAAUCCCUAUAUUUUGGAUUAUGAUGCUUUAAAUGCUUUAAGAUGUAUGGCCAUUUUUUCUAUGAGUAAUAAAAUUUGAAUCCUGAAGAACAUUUAGUA